GAGGUUCCUGAAGGGGACCUGGAGUCUGCCGGUGACGUCACACUAGGCGGCAUCGAGCGCCAGGAGGAAAAGGAGGAGAGGGAAAAGACUGCCUGCCUGGAAAAAACAUGUCCUGUAACGGUAAUAGGCAGCAUCCACUCCGGCCGACAGCAAGUCCCGCCAAUCACAUGGUGGGGAAGGACUCCCCCCCAUAAGAUGGACAAAGCAGGAGCCAUGACUACAGCGGGCAAAGUUAGUGGGCUCAAGCCACCCACUAAAAUAUGCCGUGCACCUGUAGUGACCAUGAAGACCACACCUUCCUCAGGAACUCCAAAGCUGCUUCCAACUUCUGAGAAGCCCCCCAGCGGUGGCGGCACCGUUCCCUCCCCUGUUCAGGAUGACGUGGCUGACUUCCAGACUGGGGAGCGGGUAUGGGUCAACGGCAACAAGCCCGGCCACGUGCAGUUCGUGGGCGGCACGCAGUUUGCCCCGGGUCAGUGGGCGGGCAUCGUGCUGGACGAACCCAUCGGCAAAAACGACGGCUCGGUGGCGGGCGUGCGCUACUUCCAGUGCGACGACGGCAAGGGCAUUUUUACGCGGCCCUCCAAGCUAACCAGAAGCCCGCUGCUGGAGAAGGAAGCCAACGGGGGGCAGGCCAAGCCCACGCAAGUGGCAAGCGAGACCGUGCCGGGUGGGGCGCCAUCAACGGGAACCAUCGAAAACUUGCGGAAUGUCUCACCUGGCGGAAAGCUAACCGGCACGCUGAGCAGAACCGUCCAAUCCACUGAGACGGCGUCCAACCUGUCUGACACGGAAUCCAUGAAAAGGAACAAUUGGGAGCUCAGGAGAGGAGAGCGUGUCCUGGUGGGCGGGACCAAGGCGGGUGUGGUGCGCUUCUUGGGCGAAACGGAUUUCGCCAAAGGGGAUUGGUGCGGCGUGGAGCUGGAUGAGCCUCUGGGCAAGAACGACGGGGCGGUCGCUGGCACCAGGUACUUUCAGUGCAUGCCCCGGUACGGCCUCUUCGCCCCCGUCCACAAGGUGACGCGCAUCGGCUUCCCGUGCACCACGCCGACCAAAGCGAGGAGCUCCCGCCGGAGGUCCCUCCUCAAGAAGAGCCCCAGCGCCUCCUCCAUCAGCUCCAUCAGCUCCACCGCCUCCUCGGUCAGCGGCAAACCCAGCCGAGCGGGACUGUUGACGGAGACGUCGGCCAGAUACGCUCGCAAAAUCUCAGGUACCACGGCCCUGCAGGAGGCCUUGAAGGAGAAGCAGCAGCACAUCGAGCAGCUGCUGGCCGAGCGCGACCUGGAGCGCUGCGAGGUGGCCAAGGCCACCAGCCACGCCGGCGAGGUGCAACAGGAGCUCGCCCUGCUCAUGAAGGGCCGCGAUCAGUACGCUGUGGAGACAGAGGCCAAGCUGGACCAGCUGAGGUCGAUGGUGGAAGCGGCCGACCGGGAUAAAGUGGAGCUGCUCAACCAGCUGGAGGAAGAGAGAAGGAAAGUUGAAGACCUGCAGUUUCGCGUGGAGGAGGCGUGCAUCACCAAAGGCGACCUGGAGACGCAGAUCCGCCUGGAGCACGGCUGCAUUAAGGAGCUUGAGCAGAGCCUGCUCUUUGAAAAGACCAAAGCCGACAAACUCCAGCGGGAUUUAGAGGACGCCAGGGUGGCCACGGUGUCGGAGCGCUCGCGCAUCAUGGAGCUGGAGCGGGAGGUGUCGGACCUGCAGCUGCAUCUACGGGCGUCUCUUCAAAAGGAGGACGCGGCGUCGCUCUCCCAGCAGCAGCUAGCCAGCCUGAAGGCCCAAGCCCAGUCCCAGGAGAAGAAGAUCAGCGAGCUGAGCGUGGACCUGGAGAGUCGAGACAAGGCGCUUCGGUCCGUUCAGGAUGAGAAGGACUUGUUGCAGCAGCAGCUGAGCAGCGUGAGACUACAGCUGCAGCGGGCCGAGCAAGACGGCGGCAAGAUGGCGAAGGCCACGCAAGAAUUGGAGCAGCGGAAGAAGGACUUGCAGGAGCUGAAAGAGGCCAGUCGGUGCCGGGAAGAGGACCUCAAGGCUCGGCUGUCUCAGGCCAUCGAGACGUCGGAGGGGAAUUUGCUGUCCGUGGAGAAGCUGAGCGAAGAGAAGAAGGCGCUGGAGACGCAGGUGGACACACUGAAGCAGCAGAAUUGCCAAUACCAGGAGGAGCUAAGUCUCGCUCGGGAGCAGCAACAGCACAUCCGGAAGGACGCAAAGAUGCCCGCCGAUGACUCCGGUGCCCAGGAAUCCCCGGACGCGGUCGCCAACGACAAAGAGGGCGAGCUGCAGACGCUGCGCAACGAGGUGGCGGCGUUGCGGGGCCAGAACGCCGUGGCCGAGACGCUGCGUUCGGCCGUGGCCACGCUGGAGCGCGACAAGGCUCAGCUGCGGGAGCGCGUCCGCGGCCUGGAGCAAAGGCUCGUCAGACGCUCGGCCUCGGAGGACGGCGAGCGGGAGGAAGCUCUUUCAGGUGACAAGGCUCUGGAGCAGCUCAAGGAGGAGAAGGAGUUCGCCGAGGGUCAGAUCAACUUCCUGAACAGCGUCAUCGUCGACCUGCAGCGCAAGAACGAAGAGCUGAAGAUAAAACUGAAGAAGCUGGCCGUGGCCGAGUUCAUCGGCAACGACGGCGCAGAUGGUGUGGAGCCGGCGGAGUCCAAGCGUGACAAAAAGGCUCCGCUGCGUCCCUUCUGCGACAUCUGCGACCGCUUCGACCUGCACGACACGGAGGACUGCCCCACGCAGGCGCAGAGUCCCGACGCCGUGCCGCACUCCAGCUACCGCGGCCACCGUGACAGCGAGCGGCCGUACUGCAAAAUCUGCGAGGUCUUUGACCACACCACCGAGUCCUGCAGCGACGAUCGCACCUUCUAGACCUUUCCCGGAUGCGAGACCUCACCGCUCCCGAUAUUCGCCCACCGACGUAAGUAGUUGACCGCGGCCGUUCGGGAGCAAACGUUCCUUUUGAGCCGCCCAACCCAUCGGCUCACCUCAUGUUUGAUGUCAUUGGACUUUGCCAACAUGGAAUGACGAAAAUGAGUUUCUCUUUGAAGGACCCACGAAAACGGCCAAAAUGGCCCAAAAAAAGUCUGCUUGAGACCAAAACGCCAUGCUCCCUGUACCUUUUCGGCUCUGUGCUCCACCCACAUGCGCUGACCCCCCCCCAAAAAAUAUAUACAGUAUAUCGAAUUUAUAUUUGGUGUCGUUCAUCAUCUGUCUGGUCGAAGAGGUUCAAAUUUGGUCGCAGUUGGACAAAAGCCCCCAGGACUCUGUAUUACGACCCCACAUAACAGCCGAAAUGAAUCUAAAAUGGGUGCUACCCCGUCCGUGUCUUUUCAGGCAUGCCAUUGUGAGAAUUUUUGUUUUUUUUGUCGGUCUACUCUUAAUAGACAUGGCUACCAAAUAUUGUGUGCUCAAAGUCCAGACUGCCCCAUGGGGCUGAAUUUACACAAACAUGUUCCAAGUCAACAAAAGUCACCGAUACUGCACUGAUGAAAACGGCAAAAUUUUGUCAUUUGGCCUCAGCGAACUGCUCUCGCUAACGUAGCUCAAAUUUUGGUCAAAAUCCAAAAAAAUCUCCAGGACAAGUUUGGCUCUGAAGAAUAAACAAACCAGAUUACAUUUUUAUGCAAUUCCAUAACCGGGCGUCCUGUUGCGUCAUUUCCUAGUUGAAUUUGCAUCGACAGCACAUUCUCAAAAUGUUUUAACCCCCCCCCCCCCCCAAAAAAGGGCAUUUUCUGAACCAAAGCACAUCCAUGAAUCCAACGCGUUUGGAAUGUCCGUGAUGUUAAUGUUUUAUUUUCAAACUCCACUAGACUGUUCUACUUUCACAAAAGCUACACUUAAAAAAAAAAAUUGUCCCUGCUAUGCUAAGAGGAGGCCCGAUGAUCACCUGGAGAGCACGUCCGCCUCACAGUGCCGAGGUCCGGAGGUUCAAUUCCAGGCUGCGGCCUUCCUGUGUGGAGUUUGCAUGUUCUCCCCGUGCCCUCGUGGCUUUUCUCCUCGUUUCCUCGCGCAUUCCAAAAACAUGCAUGGCAGCUUCAUGGAACACUCGAAUUAGUCCCGAGGUGUGAGUGUGCGCGCAAAUGAUUGUUGGUCUAUCUGCGCGAUGCAAUUGGCUGGCGAGCGUUUCAUGGCAUCCGCUGCCUGCUGCCCAAAAAAACGGCUGGGUUAGGCUCCGGCACGACCCUCGUCACGAUUAAGCCGUUCGCAUACUGGUUGGAUGCCAUGUGAAGACAUUUUUUUGCUCUUAAAACACAUUUUAGCAUCAACACAUUUAAUAAUUCAUCAUGUUUUCCUUGUGAUUAAUCUUUGUUUCGAGUCGUUUUGUUUUUUUUACCCCCGAUAUUCGCGGCUGGCCUCAGCGAUGUAAGCGAGCCAUCACGAUUCCGUUCUUACUGUAGCAGCUCUGCUAACUUGCCGUCUUUGCACUGUUCACUUUAACCACGAAUAACGGCGUCAAUGCGGUGUUUGCAACCAAUAUUGACAAAUAUGUUGCUUUUUUUUUUUUUUGCGUGUGUCGGAAGAAUGAUUUAACGUAAUCACUUUCAGAUGACCGUGUUUGUAAUCACUGUAUGAAGCUGUUCUUUUGUUUUAGCUUUAGCGCUAAGGCUGGCUUGUUUGUUACGUUACGUGGAAUUCGAAGGCGGCGGCGGGAAAGAGAGAAUCGUAAAGUGAAAAAGCUUGCUUGGCCCCGCCCUCAUGCUAACAGAAACAGAAUUUCUAUAACAUAUCAAUGUCAUGGGGAAGCACAACUUUGUGGAUCUUACUGAAUUUCCGCGCGUACAGUGUGACUCGCGUUUUGAGGAAAAAAAAAGAGAGUAUAUAAUACAGAUCAGAAGCUUCUUGUGUGACCAAUGUGCGCACACUGCCAUCAUGCAGCUCAAGUGUACAAAACGCUUUAUUUUUCUGCUCUGUUUAUAAGAUGGCCUCCCAUGUAUUAUAUAGAAAACUUACAACUUGUGCACUUGGUAUGUGAUGCAUUGUUUUAUAUGUCGCGGGCAUCUCCGGAUUUGUUUGUCAAAUGUCCCUUUUUCUAUGUACUCUACCUGUACUUUUAACAGUCCAAUACAACAAGCAGCAAGUCCACUCUU